AUGGAUUAUAGAAAUAAGACCAGAGUCACUGAGUUCAUACUUCUGGGGUUUGAGACUGAAAAAGAAGUAGAAAUACUUAUUUUUUCUGAAUUCCUGCUCAUGUACAUGAUAUCUCUGAUUGGCAACACCAUGAUCAUCCUUUUGGUGUGUGUUGACUACCGUCUGCAUUCACCCAUGUAUUUCUUUGUAGCCAAUCUUUCUUUCCUUGAAGUUGCCAUCACCUCCACUGUGGUACCUAAGAUGCUAGCAAACACAUUCUCCCUCACCAAGGCAAUAUCCUUCAUGGGAUGUCUCACACAAUCUAUUUUCUACUUCCUUCUGGGAUCCACAGAAUUCUUCAUCCUGGCUGUCAUGUCAUUUGAUCGGUAUAUUGCCAUCUGCAACCCACUGAGGUAUGCCAUCAUCAUGAACACACAGACAUGCAUGUUUCUUGCGGGGUCCUAUCUAGGUGCAUUUUUGUCAAUGUUGUCUCCAUCCAUCCUAACUGCUCCGUUAAUCUUUUGUGGGCCAAAUAAAAUCCAUCAUUUCUUCUGUGACCGAGCCCCCAUGCUACAGCUGACCUGUACAGACAUCUCUCUGGCUGAGGUGGUUGACUUUAUCUCCUCUGCUGUGUUGCUCCUGGGCUCCUUGCUCCUGACAGGAGUGUCUUACACCUACAUUGUUAUUACUAUCCUUAGAAUUCCUACUGUGCAGGGACGGCAGAAGGCCUUCUCUACUUGUGUUUCACACAUCACAGUGGUUACAAUUUAUUAUGGAAGUUCCAUCUUCCUCUAUGUUCGUCCAAAGAAAGGCAAUGCAAUGAGCAUUAACAAAUUUGCCACAGUGCUGAACACCGUUGUAACACCAAUGCUGAACCCUUCCAUCUACAGCCUUCGAAAUGAGAAAGUCAAAGAAUCCCUGAGAGACACCACCAUUAAUACAUAG